AUGGUCCGUCUACACGUGAAGAAAGGCGAGGAGAGCCAGUUUCUGUACGACACACACGUGGAGGCUCGAGUUGAAGACGUUGUAUACGACAUUACUACUAUUUACAAUGGCCGGCUAAAGGUUUCAAGAAUAUGUUACGAAAUCGAGGAGUUGGCGAAGCACGGCACCAUGCUGCCUCAUAACAUGAUGGGCCUCACAGAAGAACAAGUAGAGGAGCUCAAGCUCAAGGACGAGUGGGGCGAGAAGUGCGUACCGAUGGGAGGAUGGACUUUUAACAAGGACGUUAUCGGCCGAAGGAACGGCAAACAGCCUAACGCGAAGAUGCAGGAGGUCUUGGGUAAAACGAUCGAAGAGGCACGAGCUAUGGUCUCGAAGAAGCUGGUACAGCAGGAGAAACUUGUGACUCAGAAAACUGUGCAGGAGGCUUUGGAUAUCUUGAGGGGUGCUGUGACUAUAGUUUAUCCGAUGGGACUUCCGCCGCAUGAUGUUAUUAGGCUGGAGUUUGAGAAUACUGAGGAUUUGAGCGGCACUCAGGCUUCUCUUGAGGUUAUCGACGUGCAACUGGCGCAGCUUUGGUUCUCCGGAAAAGAAAUGUUACCAGGAAAGAAACUGAAGGAUUAUUUGGGGCACAACGAGAAAACUAAAAUCAUUGUGAAGCUACAGAAAAGAGGAGCUGGAAGGCCUGCUCGUGAACCAUUGAUGUCUGAAGAUCAACGAAAACAACUGAUGUUGCAUGCUUACAAACGCCAGGAGCAGCUAAAGUUCGCAGGGCUCAUGGGCAACGACUCCGAGUGGUACUUCACCGGGGCCAAGCUGUUCCCCAACGUAAAAGGCUGUGGAUACCCUCCAAUGCUGAAUUGCAGUAUUUUCUACCGGCAGUACGCCAACAUAGGGCAGAACUUUAGCUGUUACUACUCGAAAGUGGACCCCGGGAUAGUCAUCAGCGACCUCGACAUGUGGCAGGUGUACAUGAAUCUGGUGUACGCGAUGGCGAUUCCGAUACCGUCUUUCAUAAUCUCGGUGAUAUACCUCACCAUCGCCUACUUCAAGAUUUACAACGAAGACGAGGAGGUCCUCGUAGGCUCGUCGCCCACGCCGGAGGGCGAAGACGGUGGAGAGGGCGAAAGAAGUAACGCGACACCGGUGCCAUUGACGAGUGGCGCCCUUACACCCGGUAGCGAUGCUUUCAGGGAAAACAUAGAGAGCUUUGGACAUCACAUGAAAGUCGCCAUGGCCGAUGACAACAGCAGGGAAAGUCUGGAUGCGAUACCGAACUCGUACUCCAAUCAGGGAAACUUGAGCAAGAUGAUGACGACGAGUAUCUCGACUCCCCCUGGGCCGACGGCAGCAGUCUGAAGCGGCACUUUCAAGGUCUGAACAACAUCUCAUGGAAACCGCACUAAGCGGCCCGACAACGGGAACGAAGAGAAGAAAGAGAGAACUCGAUCCACGUAGCUGAUUAAAAUUACCGACCGAACAGCCGAUAUUCUCUCACCCGACUACCAAACAUGGCUACCAGAGAACGUCUGAUUAGCGCAAAACGUCAAAAGAUGAUUCCACGAAGUGAACCAGAGAUGCACGAUGCUCAACUUCUCUCGAAGCGAUCGCCCACGAAAUUUGUCUCGAAAGAGAAAACGCUAGGGAAGAAAGAUCGGUCACGCGUUCUACCACCGACACCCGUAAUUCGACCCUUGGUAACAGUAUACGAUCCCGAGCAUGCGAAACGUUAUCUCUGCAAGCGUGUAUAUUGACAGAGAGAUAUUAUGGUAACGAGAUUGGUGCUUAACCAGCCAGUCCAUGUUUUUGUUUCGAUACUGGACCAAUUUAGCGUAGUUGGUUUUGCACAGAAUGCAGGGAGAAAUGUUGCCUCGAGGAUUCCUCCAUCGCCAUACUUAAACGAAUUCGGUGUACAUUUUCUACUUGUCAUUCGUAACGAGCUCAGAGCCGGGUAGAGCGCAGUGGUAGAACGUUUGCCAGGGAAAUAUCGAACGGACGGCCAUUUGCGUCCAUGAUUUCGAAGGAACAAAAAAGAGUGAUCCAGAGUGCCGGUUCACGCGACGAACAACGCUUGAACACGCAAUCACGCUGUCGCAUAACUGUCCCCAACACUGUGUACGCGAUAAUUAUUAUCCGAUAGAGUAUAUAACGAUAUUUUGUGACGGACUUUUUUCUACUCGAUAACCGCCCGAGCGCGCGAGCGCCACCUCUCAACUUCUCCGUCGAUCGAUUAAUCCUUUGGCGACCUUUUCCUGAUCGAUCCUGCCGAUUAGAACGGAUAUCAUUGGCGAGGAUCCAGCGAGGAAAUAUUGUAUUUGGCCGAUAUUCCGCCACCUUUGGAGGCUCGUCAAAAAAGAAGAGUGCUUCCGAAACAUCGCGAACGAAUUUCCAACUCGAUGCAAACGAGACUUGGAUCCUUCUCGGAAUUAUUCAACCCCUUCUCGAGGGGUUUAAACUCUUCCUCCAUUCGUGGAGAACUCUUGUAUCGUGAUUAUUGACAUCCUUGAUAUUCUUGUGAGUUUUCUUCCUCUGUUUCGUUGAAUGUUUAACUUUUCCAAAAAGAGAUCUGUUCGAUUUUGGUUUGUAAUUCGAAUUGUAAACUUCAUUUGAUUAAUUAGAAAAUGAGAGGUGAAUUGGGUAAAAUCUGUAGCGAAAAAUAACAAACUGUACCCAUAACACGUUAAUUAUCAUACUGAAAAUUGUAGAGUAGCCUUAUCACAUAUGGCCACUUUCAUUAUGAUAGUCAACUUGUUAAUGCAAAAUUAGUGCUAACAUCAUGAAAAAGAAAAUUUCCUCGUUUGCUCAAGAUCAUUUGAGAAACCUUGCGAACAUUUCUAAUUUCUUCAUUUCACUACCUUGUGGUCCACAAAUGUGUCCACAUCUAAGCUUCUCUCAGUUACAAAUUAUCCAAAUAAAAUUUAUUAUACGAAUUAUCCAAUUUAAACUGAGAGUCUAGUUUUCCUGAACUCUCUCAAGAUAGUCUAAAAUUCCAGGUUGCUAGGUUUACAAUCAGGUGUCCUUUAGAUUAUAAAAUAAAUAUCCCUGCAAUUGUAUCGUUAAAAGAGCUAACCAAGUCGAAAAGUAUCUCGAAGUCAAGAUCGUAAAGAAUUGUCCCGCAAUUUGUUCUCGGACGUUUCGAAAGCACCCAGUAAAGAUCGAUUUUCGAUUACAACGAGGCACACCGUUUUCUCCGUGCAAUUUGUGUAACCAUGCUGAGAAAAGUGUCCUCCUGAAUACAAAGUAGAAGAGAACGAGCUAUUUCACGCCUGCACGACGAACGUCAAUGUCGAUCGCUGAGAAACAGUACAUAGAAACUCACCUCCUUGCUCGGUUUCGAGCAAAAAAGCAUUCCUGCCGUAAGCACACGCGCUCGCAUAAUUUACUCACUCGCGUACGCGAAAAGACUAUUACAUGCACAAUAAGUUCACUCUGGUUCACUCGUCGAAACGGAUGAAAUGAAGGAACUGGAACGACGAACAACGGAGGCUGAACGGCGAAAUAUCGCGAGAGAUAUGGUCGCGUUACUCAAGUGGACUAAAGCUUAAAACGAGUAAAUUAAUGAAUUAAGAGUACCGUUACCAGUUAACAAGUAUUAAUAAGUUAAUCUGCUUGCUGUGUGAUCAUGACGCAUCCGAGAAACGCCACUCCACGUGCAUCGUAGAGUACACACUGUAUCAAACACUGACACACACAUACACACACACACGUCCGUUUCAUCGUGUCUGGGACACACGCUUCCGGUCAGGUAUAUUCGAUACGAUUGACGGGUAUUCGGGUUAUUAGUGAAUUUAUAAUUGCGCUUCGAGUAACACCCCCAUCACAGAUACAUUUGUAAAACAUCGAGCAAUGUAAUUUUUAGGGGGUUGUUUGGUGUUGGAAUUUUUACGAGGAUUGAUUUGUACUGCGCAUACAAUUGUUAUGGGGACAAAUUUUUUGGGGGAUGAAAUAUAAUUACGGAAGAAAAUUUAAUUUGGUGAAUCGCAUAAUCAUAUUUUAAUUAUACUACACCUUUCGACAAAUAUCUGAUUCAAAUUCCAUAAUAAUGGAGUGUUAAAUGUGAUGUGGUACUGUGAAUAUAAUUUUGAACAAAAAUUUUACAAUUUCAAUUUAUGUACUGCAGCAAAGUUCAGAGUUUAUCAGUAAAUUUCUAUA